AUGGCCGACGUCGAAAUGAGCGACGCGCCCAGAGGUGCAGACACCGCAAACGGCAAGAGCGCCGAAAAGAAGAAAUUCGAGGUCAAGAAGUGGAAUGCCGUCGCGCUCUGGGCUUGGGAUAUUGUCGUUGAUAACUGUGCCAUUUGCCGAAACCACAUCAUGGAUCUCUGUAUCGAGUGCCAAGCGAAUCAAGCAUCCGCUACGAGCGAGGAAUGCACUGUUGCUUGGGGCAUCUGCAACCAUGCCUUCCAUUUCCACUGUAUUUCACGAUGGUUGAAGGCAAGAUCGGUAUGUCCCUUGGACAACAGAGACUGGGAAUUCCAAAAAUACGGUCGAUAG